CUCAGUGGAUUUUCUUGUUAUAUCAAAAGAUGGUGCGAGUGGGGACUAUCCUAGAUGUACAAACUUGGCAUAUGAGAAGGCAAUUAAAGAUGGUGCUGAUGUUAUCGAUUGCUCUGUCCAAAUGUCUAGCGACGGUAAAUGCUUUUGCUUAAGUACGGCAGAUCUCAAGGACAGCACACUGGUUGCCCAAAGUCAGUUUAGCAACCUUUCAACUACUGUUCCUGAGAUUAGAUCAGAUGUUGGAAUAUACACUUUUAGUCUCACAUGGCCUGAGAUCCAAAACUUGACUCCUGCUAUUUCAAACCCUUACCAGAGUUCUUACAAUAUGUUUAGGAAUCCGAAUGAGAAAAAUUCAGGGAAGCUUAUUUCGCUUUCUGAGUUCCUAGAAUUAGCAGAACACUCCACUUCUCUCUCCGGUGUUUUGAUCAGAGUAGAGAAUGCGGCAUACUUGAGAGAGAAGCAAGGGCUCGAUGUGGUUAAAGCGGUUCUCGAUACCCUCACAGAAGCUGGUUACACCAAUGAAAAUACGAAAACAAAGGUCAUGAUUCAGUCUACGAACAGCUCGGUUCUAGUUGACUUCAAGAAGCAGAGCAAGUACGAGACUGUCUACAAAAUUGAGGAAAUCAUUCGUGAUAUUCGUGACUCUGCCAUCGAAGUCAUAAAGAAAUUCGCUAACGCUGUUGUCAUCAACAAAGCAUCAGUCUUUCCUGACUCUGAUUCGUUUCUCACUGGGCAAACCAAUGUUGUGGAGAGACUCCAGAAGUCUCAACUCCUUGUUUAUGUGGAACUAUUUCGGAAUGAAUUUGUCUCUCAAGCAUAUGACUUCUUCACUGAUGCCACUGUUGAGAUAAACUCAUAUAUCUCUGGAGCCGGUAUCAAUGGAACCAUCACCGAGUUCCCUUACACAGCUGCAAGAUACAAAAAGAAUCGAUGUUUGAGGAGACAACAUAUUCCACCUUACAUGUCCCCUUUUGAACCUGGUGGCGUCUUAAAACUUGUGAAUCGUUCUAAUUCCUUACCUCCAGCCCAAGCUCCAAGUUCAGUUUUCACAGAUAGUGAUGUCACUGAGUCACCACUAUCUCCAGUUAUUCCAAAAGCGUAUGGAGUACCAUCAACUAUUGCACAACCUCAGAGGAAUUUGCUCAAAACAAUUCGCAUAGUUGCGGGUACAGUAGCUGGAGUUGUUUUGUUCCUGGUAUUAUUAAUACAAUUUUGCUGUUUUCUUCGGAAGAGGAAAACACGACCAAGACAACCGAACUUGAAAGCUCUUAUUCCACUCAAACACUACACUUAUGUGCAAGUGAAAAGAAUUACAAAGUCAUUUGCUGAAGUGGUUGGAACAGGCGGAUUUGGAAUAGUUUAUCGAGGAACACUUAGUGACGGCCGGAUGGUUGCGGUGAAGGUCUUGAAAGAAUCAAAGGGCAAUGGUGAAGACUUCAUCAAUGAAGUUGCUAGCAUGAGCAGAACUUCUCAUCUCAACAUUGUCUCCUUGCUUGGUUUCUGCGCUGAAGGUUCUAAAAGAGCAAUUAUAUAUGAGUUUUUGGAAAAUGGGUCACUUGACAAGUUCAUCUCAGGCAAGUCCUCCGUUAAUAUGGAUUGGACGACACUAUACAGAAUUGCGCUAGGAGUUGCUCGUGGUCUAGAGUAUUUGCACCAUAGCUGCAAAACAAGGAUUGUACAUUUUGACAUUAAACCACAAAAUGUGCUCUUAGAUGACAAUUUUUGCCCCAAGGUUUCAGACUUUGGCCUUGCUAAGCUAUGUGAGAACAAAGAGAGCAUCUUGUCAUUGCUGGAUACAAGAGGUACUGUAGGGUACAUUGCACCAGAGAUGAUCUCCAGAGUUUAUGGGAAUGUGUCGCACAAAUCAGAUGUCUAUAGCUAUGGAAUGUUGGUUCUCGAUAUGAUUGGUGCAAGAGACAAAGAAAAUUUUAAUCAAGUUCCUGCUGCUUCUAACCCAAGUUCGAUGUACUUUCCUGAAUGGGUAUAUAAGGAUCUUGAGUUGGGCAAGUCCAAAAGGCAUAUUGAGAUUGGAAUCACUAACGAAGAAGAAGAGGUAGCAAAGAAGAUGACAUUGGUAGGUUUGUGGUGUAUUCAACCUUCCCCAACAGAUCGUCCACCAAUGAAUAGAGUUGUAGAGAUGAUGGAAGGAAGUUUGGAUGCUCUAGAAAUCCCUCCUAGGCCUGUUUUUCCAAUUCCCACACUGCCUCUACAAGAAUCUUCAACUUUUUCAGAGGAUAUCUCUGUUUACUGAGAAGGAUGAUCCAAGAAGUCUCCAUGGAACCUAUCAUAGCAAUGCUAUGAUAGCAUGAAAAUAUCUGAAAAUGUCAUAUAUUAUCCGUACUAUGUUAAACUAGUUAUCCUUACUAUAUAUGUUGUUAAGCUAGUUAGCGUUUGUUUUACUACUAGUUUAAUUUCACUCGGCUCGAAAAAAAAAAUUGAGCCGAGUUAAUCUAUUAACUAUGUUUAGCUA